AUGCCCAAACCACGAGUCAUCUACUGGUUUCGCACCGACCUGCGCCUGCAUGACUCCCCCGCGCUGAAAGCCGCGCUGGACCUGAAGCCAGAAUGUCUGUACCCGAUCUGGACCUGGGACCCGCAUUACGUGUAUCGAGCCCGCGUAGGCCCGAACCGCUGGCAGUAUCUUCUAGACUGCCAGUCCGACCUAAGUAAAUCCAUCACCAAGCUGAACCUAAAGUCGAAACUGCUCCUGAUCCGAGAGGCGCCGCAGACGCUGUUCCCGAAGCUGUUCAAGCAGUGGAAGAUCACGCAUUUGGUGUUCGAGAAGGACACGGAUGCGUAUGGGCGUGAGCGGGAUCAGAAGGUCAUGGCGCUGGCGAAGGAGGCGGGCGUUGAGGUCCUGGUCAGGUACGGGCGCACGCUCUACGAUCUGGAUGAGUUGGUGGAGCAGAACAAUGGGAAGCCGACCAUGAGCAUCAAUCAGGUGCAGGCUGCGGGGAAGAAGAUUGGAAAGAUUCCCAGGCCCAUCGCGGCACCGAAAAGUCUGCCGGAUCCGGGAGAUACGGGUUUGGACUUUGAACAGGAAGUGCCAGACAGCAAGCCGGAUAUCAAUGCGAAGCAGAGAGAUGGCGUGGAGGAGAGUUAUACGCAGCUUGCUGGGCCGAAUGGCGAUUUUGCGGUGCCUACCAUGGAGGAACUUGGUCUCAAGCCAGCAACGACACAGCAUCGAGGCGGCGAGACGAUAGCGCUGAAGAUGCUUGACGACAUUAUCGCGAACGAGGACUACACGGCAACUUUCGAGAAGCCCAAGACAGCUCCCACAGCUUUCGAACCCCAAGCCACCACCCUGUUGUCCCCUCACCUGCACUUUGGUUCCUUGAGUUGUCGGGAAUUCUACUGGCGCUGCCAGGACGUCGUCGACAAGUACAAAGGCCACGCCUCGCAGCCGCCAACCAGUCUGACCGGGCAGCUGCUCUUCCGCGACAUGUACUUCGGCGCGCAGGCCAGUCUGGGCUACGCUUUCGGUCAGACCUACGGGAACCCGCAGUGCCGCUUUAUCCCCUGGCACCUCCCGUCGAAAAUCGACACCUCCUCGGGUCUCAUAACAGGCGAGUACCUCAUCGACAACAAGCAGGCUGACGUCUACUUCCAGCGCUGGCGCGAAGGGCGUACGGGAUUUCCCUGGAUCGAUGCGCUGAUGCGCCAGCUGAAGCACGAGGGCUGGAUCCACCAUCUUGGCCGGCACGCCGUGGCGUGCUUCUUGACGCGGGGCGGCUGCUACGUGGAUUGGGAGCGGGGCGCGGAGGUAUUCGAGGAGUGGCUGAUUGACCACGAGGCCGCAUGCAACAUUGGAAACUGGCAGUGGCUCUCGUGCACGGCCUUCUACGCGCAAUACUACCGCUGCUACUCUCCCAUCGCGUUCCCGCAGAAGUGGGAUAAGGAAGGCAAUUUCGUGCGCAAGUUUGUCCCGGAGCUGGACAAGUUUCCGCAGAAAUACAUCUACGAGCCGUGGAAGGCGCCGAUUACGGACCAGAAGAAAUGGGGGUGCAUCAUCAAAGGCGACGGCAGCGAAACUGAAGUCGAUGGGAAGAGAGCGUAUCCCAAACCCAUGUUCGAUUUCUCCACGCAGAGAGAGGUCUGCAUCCAGGGCUUGAAGAACGCGUAUCGCAUCGGCCUGCAUGGCAACGAUGCCAAAGUGCUCGACGGCACAUGGCGCAAGCUCUUCGACGACGACGCCGAAGGGCCUACUGAAGGCACCAAAGGACCGCCUGGCGCCAUGGUGGAGCACGAAGAUGCAGACGCGCAUGAAGAGAGCCAUACGACCAAAGCAGGACACAAGAGAGAGGCGAGUCAGGGGACGUUGGACAAGAUGGUGACGCGCAAGAAGAGAAAAGACAACAGCGAUAUCGCCGAUCACACCUGA